UCCGCUCCCCGCCCCGCCCCGCCCCGCCCGGCACGGCACGGCCCUGCCCGCCGCGCUCAGCCCCGCACCGCGGCAUGACCGCGCUCCCGCACGGCUGCCCCUGACCCCGCGCACCCCGCCAGGACAAUGAUUCCCGUGACCGAGUUUCGCCAGUUCUCAGAGCAGCAGCCGGCAUUCAGGGUGCUGAAGCCUUGGUGGGAUGUGUUCACAGACUAUCUCUCCGUCGCCAUGCUCAUGAUCGGUGUGUUUGGGUGCACGCUACAGGUCAUGCAAGACAAGAUAAUAUGCCUUCCAAAGCGCAUCCAGCCUUGCCAGAACCAAUCUAAUAGUUCAAAUGUGUUUAACACAAUCCCGGAUACAACCCCUCUUCCUCCACCCAAGCCAUCCACCCCUCCAGCUACAGUUGAAAUGAAAGGACUGAAGACUGAUUUGGACCUUCAGCAAUACAGCUUUAUAAAUCAGGUGUGCUACGAACGUGCCCUGCACUGGUAUGCCAAGUACUUCCCUUACCUUGUCCUUAUACACACACUGGUCUUCAUGCUGUGCAGUAACUUUUGGUUCAAAUUUCCUGGAUCGAGCUCCAAGAUUGAACACUUCAUUUCAAUACUUGGGAAAUGUUUUGAUUCUCCCUGGACAACAAGAGCCUUAUCCGAAGUGUCAGGGGAGGACUCUGAAGAUAAAGAUAACAGGAAGAACAACAUAAACAAGUCGAAUACUAUCCAGCCAAGCACUGAAGGCACUUUGGUCAAGACGCAGUCUUUAAAAUCAAUCCCUGAGAAGUUAGUUGUAGAUAAAGGAACACCUGGGGCAUUAGAUAAGAAAGAAGGGGAACAGGCCAAAGCACUGUUUGAAAAGGUGAAGAAGUUUCGCCUGCACGUGGAGGAGGGUGACAUACUCUAUGUCAUGUAUGUUCGCCAGACUGUACUUAAGGUAAUUAAAUUCCUCAUUAUCAUUGCUUACAACACAGCGUUAGUCUCGGAGGUGAAUUUUACAGUAGUCUGUAAUGUAGAUAUUGAAGACAUGACUGGAUAUAAGAACUUUUGCUGCAAUCACACGAUGGCACAUCUGUUCUCUAAGCUUUCUUACUGCUACCUGUGCUUUGUAAGCAUCUACGGCCUCACAUGCCUUUACACACUGUACUGGUUGUUCUACCGAUCGCUGAAGGAGUAUUCUUUUGAGUAUGUUCGGCAAGAGACAGGAAUUGAUGAUAUCCCAGAUGUCAAGAAUGACUUUGCUUUUAUGCUUCAUAUGAUUGAUCAGUAUGAUCCUCUCUAUUCCAAGAGGUUUGCUGUCUUCCUGUCUGAAGUCAGUGAAAAUAAGCUGAAACAGCUGAACCUAAACAACGAGUGGACUGCAGAUAAGCUGCGGCAGAGACUACAGAUGAACUCCCAUAGCCAUUUGGAGCUACAGCUUUUCAUGCUCUCUGGACUGCCCGACACAGUCUUUGAGAUUACUGAGCUGCAGUCAUUGAAGCUUGAAAUCAUCAAUAAUGUAAUGAUACCAGCAACCAUUGCACAGUUGGAUAACCUCCAGGAGCUCUCGCUGCACCAGUGCUCUGUGAAGAUCCACAGUGCUGCCUUAGCUUUUCUGAAGGAGAAUCUCAAGAUCUUAAGUGUCAAGUUUGAUGACAUCAGAGAACUUCCACACUGGAUGUAUGGCCUCAGAAACUUGGAAGAGCUCUAUUUAAUUGGCUCCCUAAGCCACGACAUUUCCAAGAACAUUACACUGGAGUCUUUUCGGGAGCUUAAAAGCCUUAAAGUUCUUUACAUAAAAAGUAACUUAUCCAAAAUCCCACAGUCUGCAGUCGAUGUUUCAAGUCACCUGCAAAAACUAUGCAUCCAUAACGAUGGCACUAAGUUAGUGAUGCUCAACAACCUGAAGAAGAUGGUCAACCUGACACAGCUGGAAUUGGUUCAUUGUGAUUUAGAACGCAUACCUCAUGCAGUCUUCAGCCUUCUCAGUCUUCAGGAAUUGGACCUAAAGGAAAACAACCUCAAAUCCAUUGAAGAAAUAGUAAGUUUCCAACACCUGCGAAAACUGACAAUCCUAAAGCUGUGGUACAACAGCAUAACGUACAUCCCAGAGCAUAUAAAGAAACUCACCAGUCUCGAGCGGCUUUCCUUCAGCCAUAACAAAAUAGAGGUUCUUCCGUCCCACCUAUUCCUAUGCAACAAAAUCAGAUACUUGGAUUUGUCUUACAAUGACAUUCGCUUUAUCCCACCUGAAAUAGGAGUUCUGCAGAGUUUACAGUACUUUUCCAUUACCUGCAACAAAGUGGAGAGCGUGCCAGAUGAACUGUACUUCUGCAAAAAACUGAAGACUCUGAAAAUUGGGAAAAAUAACUUGUCAGUCCUUUCUCCUAAAAUUGGGAAUUUGGUGUUCCUCUCCUACUUGGAUAUUAAAGGCAAUCACUUUGAAAUCCUCCCACCUGAACUCGGGGAAUGCAGAGCUCUGAAACGAACUGGUUUCACUGUAGAGGACACCUUGUUUGAGACGUUGCCUUCUGAUGUCAGGGAACAAAUGAAAGCUGAAUGACUAACUUCUGCUGCGUUACAUACCGAAAUGACGCUUCUACCAAAUAAUAUGCAUUUACUUUGUCAUUAUUAUUUUUUCUUCUUUUUUCCAAACAAGUCCUUUCUGUACAAAUUUGGAGCAAGGAGUACAUAUAUUUUUAAAUAAAAUGUCCUUGUAUUUUUUCACUGUUUUAAGGUAUUUUUUAAGUUGGUUUUGCCCUGAGAACAAGGUGGCUGUAACUUAAUUUUUACUGGUAAAAGUAAAUGGUUUUAUCUGCUGAUAUUUUGGGUUUUUUCCUUUGCCUAACCCUCACAAGGGAACUGUGUUUAGAACGUAUGCUUUGGGUUGUGUAAAUGAAUAUAUUGUCUUCCUGGUUGUUGUUAAUCCCUUAGGACAUGGUCUUAGGGUGGUGCUGCAGGUGUUGAAUGCCUUGUUUCUUCUUUUCUUCAGUGGCAGUAGAAGGCGUUCAGCAUCUUACAAGAUCAAAUCUGGGUUGACUGUUCUUUUUUACUUAUGACAAAUGGCUUUCUCAGAUGGUCAAAGCAAGCUGAAAUGGUUCUUUAUGCAUCUUACCGGCUCUGAGGGAGCAUGCAGCACUCCUCCAGGGCCUUUGGGCAAGUUCAGUCUAGCUGUCUGUUCACACAGCAUGCCAAGCAGAAGGCAUUGACUGCGGGUUCCUCUCCUCAGGAAAAGUAAGGUCACAAUUCACAGAGGAGUCCGGACUAAAGUGACUCACGUUUGAAGAUGUUCCAAGCAGUGGAAAGGGAUGUGGCUGCCCAUUUCCUGCCAGCUUGAAUGGAGGGGGUGUGAUGGACUCACUGUCCUGGAAAUGUCAAUCACAUGAGGUGAAACACUCCCUUGAAAACCCCCAUCCUCCCCUAAGCACCCUAUCCUGCAAGGGAGAAAGUGUCCUCUGCCCCCCUCAGUUCAAUUCUCUUUGGGGAUGCUUGGCACCUUGCAGGAAUGGGAUCCAGAAAAAGUGCAAUCGUGUUUAGUUUGUAAAGCUUCUGACAAGGAAAUAGGAUCUAAUAUGCUCCUGCAUGGAGCUUGGGUAUCAUAUAACCAAGCUCAGAACAGGGACAUUUGCGGAUUUGCAAAAAUGAGAUUAAACAAGUACAUUAACUUCUCAAAAGUCUCAUCCUACUGGAUCUUCACUACGAUCCUACCAGAGGACAGUGAUGAAGGCUAUGUUUGCAGCUUCCAGCUGAUAAUUACAUUGGAAAUCGUACAGUUGGAAGUCUGCUUUUUACAAUGAUGUAAUAAUCUGUAAUAAUUAUGUAUCAGGUUGGGAACUUUAUCCUCUGAAGCCACGUUCAGUGGUUUAUUUAAUUCAGCCGUUUGCUUUCUUUCAAGCAAGUUUGGCAGGUAUAUGGUAACUCAUUUGCUGCUCACAAGCGAAUUUAAGCUAAGAAAAAAAUAACCAUUGAUAGUAAAACAUUUUGCUGCAAAGAGAUCUCUUCAUCGUAUCCCACAAUACAUCUUUUUGUGUUAGAUGCAGGCACUGGAUAAAUGCUUUGCAGGAAUAUCUAGGAAUCAUAGAAUCAUAGAACAGUUAGGGUUGGAAAGGACCUUAAGAUCAUCUAGUUCCAGCCCCCAGUACUUCUUUCUCUCAGAGGCAAUGCUGUUCAUAACUUGCAGGCAUUGAUUGUUUAAAGCUAUGUAAGAUAACUGGGUGAUGACUGUCAGGUUGGUUGCUCUUCAGUGUUUUCUAACUGUCCUUGUGUGUCCUGAGCUACAGUUGAACUGAGUUCUUGAGCUUGCUACAAAAGCAUACUGUUGUUUUAAAAGUCUGACUUACAAAGGUGGGGAGACAAACUGGAAUGGGAAUUUCCUCACUAAUCCAGGGUGUGCUAUGCUAUCUGGUAUGUGGGCUUGCCACAGGACCAAGCCAGGCUGAUUUUUUGUGCUUGGCUGCAUUCUGGAGAAGAUCCAUGUAAUUACUCAGAAACGGGUCAGGCAGGAAGGAAUCAAAACGAGGUUUUUAAAAGGGGUUUGAUUUAGUUCUGUUAAAGACCUAAAACUGCUGUAGCUGUUGCAAGAGCUACUCUUAUGUAUGGAAUGCACUUAUUGGAACAGCUUGUCAGUAUGUAUAUUCCAAAUGUGUUUCACUUUGAUGUAAUGUGAGGGAGAGAAAUGUUUCAUUGCUCAUAUUAACCUAAUGAUGUAAACCAAAGUGCUGUUGUCCCUGAUGAAUGUAAACUGUUUAAAAUGUCCAAGUAAUCGGUGGAGCUGUAUAGUUCUCUGACUUACAUUUGAAAUAUGGGAUUACAUUUAAAGGUUUUUUAAAGAAAUCUUUCUAUUCCUAGAUGUAGCAUUUCAAAUCCCUAAUUUAUUUUGUGUCUGACGUUGUUUCAUGUGUAGUUUGUGGUCUGUUUUCUGAAUGGAAGUUAUGCACACCGCAGAACUGAAGGUUGGAGGCUUGUUUUAUGCCGUUUUUGUAGAUACACCACUUAGGGGAUGUGGGGGGUUCUGGUUGUUACUGAUUAUACUCAUGCCAGUGCAACCCCUCCUGUGGACACAGUUACAUGAGUAUGAAGUGCCUUGUGCUGGCAUAUCUUUAUUCAUGUUGAUAGGAAUAAACUAUACCGGUCUAAGCACUUUCACACUAAUAACUAUCUUCUCCAAGGGUUUGGUCUACUGAGACAGCUUCGUUGGUCUAACAGCUCACUGCCACCAAAAAGGGGCAGUUUCUUCCUCCUCCUGUGCUCCCUGUUCCUGCCAAUAUGUUCCGGUUGCUUCUCUUGUACCUUUACUGGUCUGGCGCUGGUCUGAUCCCUCCACAGGACAAAUCAACCUCUGAAUCCAGCAGAAAACUUAAGCCAGUUUAAGAAAGGGACUCAUUUUCUGCUUGAUCAGCUCUCCAAAGGAUCGGAUGGACACGAGGGUGGGAGAAGCAAGGGAACAGGACUCUGCAGCCAGGGUCUGGCCAAGGAGAAGGUGAGACAAGUCGCUUCAGAGGUGCUGAGCUGCUAGGUCAGCCCAUCGUCUUACCAAGCCAUGUGCUUGGAGAGCUGUGCUGCUUUAUGGCAGGGUUGGGCAGCAUGGCUUUUGUGGGCAGACAGCUCUCAGGCUUGCAGUGAAUGAUAAACUAUGACAUUGCUGUUAAUUGCUUCAACUUAAUGAAACCAACUCAGGUAGCUGCACUGCUGACUUUUCUACACUUCUUCCUGUCUGGUCUGUGGGGUGUAUUUCCCAAACCCAUGCUGCAGUAUUUUAGAGGCGUGUCAGCUCAGAGAUUGUUUCCUAGCUCUCUAUGACAUCCAGGAAAAUAUGUACAAGUGCCAUAUUUACUCAGUGAUUCAUGUACUGCUCAUAUGUAUAUUCACAGGCAACGCAUACUAGAUUUCUCUGUGACCUAUAGUAUUUGACUUAAAACGGAUGGGCAUUUUGUGGGUAAUACUUUAGGCAUGGUUUAUAUACAAACAAAGAGUUUAUAUAACUACAUACAUUAAGCAGGUGCCUAACAAGUACAAUUUCAGGAUAUAAGCAAGGCAUUUUACAUUAUUGCUUAACAAUAACACAAAUCUUCCUUGGUAAUGGAAGCAGAGAUGACAAAAAAGUGCAUCAAAAAUAAGAAGACAACCUUAAUAGUCCCUUAAGCCUGAAAAGCGAAUCUUCUGUGUGAUCAGAACCUGGAGACAGGCAUCUUUGUCAGAGUUAGGAUGGGUAUUUGUGCAUCCAGCCAGCCCAACAACUAAUGCAAAUUCAGAUUGGAAAGUGCCUGUUCCAAGUCUCAUGUCACGUUGCUGGCACUUCCAACAAUUCAUGUGCUGAAGUGGUGAUGAAUCCUGUAAGAAUGCCAAGGAAAACCUUUGGAAUUUGACCAAAUGAACAAACUCCUUAAUACUGUAGCAAGACUCUUGAUCUGAUAGACCUGUGUAGUGUUACGCUGCAAUAUACUACACCGAGAAGAAAUGGAAAUAAAAUGCUCUUUUGUAAUAACGAA